AUGCCGUCGGCACAGUCGCACAGCCGCUCACACAGCCUGCUGCUGCUGCAGAAGCUCCUCAACCUCCGCGAUGGCUCGAGUCCUCUGACUCUCGUACUCGACAACCUCGAGCAGAGCGCAACCCCUGUCAUCCGAGAGUUCGUCACAAGAGCCAAGAUCGGCAAGAGCAAGGUCAUCUUCCUGUCCUUUGCGACCCUCAAGAAACCCCGUGACAUAGACGUCUUCGUCAGGGGCCGCGGCAAGACCCUCACAGCUCUGCGGACGGAGAUUCUCUCCCACUACCCCAAACCAGACGAGCAGGCCGACAAAGCGAAGCGCAAGCCCUCCCAACGCACCCUCGUGCUGCUCGACUCGCUCAACGACCUGGCGACCGCCCACCCGCACGACCUCCCCGGCUUCUCUCUCCUCCUUCUUCUCCCCGGCAACUUGCCCGUCUACACACCGACGAGACGGCGCGCCAACGAGCCCGCGACCGCGCUUUGCAGAGCCCGAGUUCGGCCUCGCCGGCGCACCGCGAGGGCGUGCUCUUCGGCCUGCAGAGCGAGGCCCGCAUAUUCGGCCGCCGGCGCAACAGCAGCAGACGCGGGCACCACGACAACAGCAGCGGACGCCCGCGCCGCCGUCGUGGACAUGGAACUCCGCCGACGCAGCGGCCGCGCCGUGCGUGAGCGCUUCGUGCUCUUCGCGGCGCGCGACGGCGGCGCGGCGUCGAGAGUCGGCUUGCUGGCGGACCAUGCUGCGUUCGCGCCGCCUGCCCCGGCCGGAGGAGGAGGAGGAGGAGGAGGGGCAGAGGGCGGCGCGGGGCAGGACGAGGGCGAGCCGGCGAGCACGUUUAGUCUCGGGUUGACGGAGAAGCAGAGGCGGGACCGCGACGGCAUUGUGCUGCCGUAUUUCGACGCGCAGACGGAUAUCGGGGCGGGCGAGGGCGGGCGGAUCUUGUACGAGAUGGGGCGGGAGGAUGAUUUCGAUGAUGAAGAGGAUGAGAUAUAG